UUGCGAGUGGCAAGGUAACCUUCGCCGGUUAUGGUACCAGCUGCGUCGACAACUCGAAGAAGUUUUACGCGGUUCACGGACAGCACAUGAUGGAGCGACUUUGAUGCAUCGUUUGGCAGAGGUGGCAACCGAGUUGGCGGAGGUCAGUUUGGGGAAGGCAGGUGGGAUGGCAUGUUCGGAGAUCUUGCGGUCUUACUCUCGACGGUCGGAGUUGCUCCGUCGACUCACGCCACUUAUGCGGCGGCUUGGAAGCUUUGGGUAGAAUGGCGAACGGUCGCGGUGCGUAAGAGUGUCUACUUGGACGAGGCGAGGGGGGAGGAGGUAUUGGCAAGCGAGUUGGCGAAGUACAUGGCGUACCUGUUUUUCUGUCGGGGCAACAAAAUGUCCACGAUUGCGGGGAAGUUAGUGGCGGUGAAAUACUAUCACAAACGCAUCGGGGUGGACCUCCCCAUGAAACAUCACUUUUUUCGGGCGGUCAAAGCGGGUUUGGCGAGAGAGAGCACGCUGCAUACCGAGAGUCGAAUGAGACGCCCCAUCUCAUGGACUAUUCUUCGGAGCGGCAUUCGCACGGCGGCGGCCUGGGGGGAAGGGGGACGGGUGUUGUGGCUCGGCCUAGCGGUGUCCUACUUUUUCAUGUGUCGUCCUUCGGAAAUCUUCGCGUACGGUAACGGUAAGAUUCACAAGGAGUUCGGGAUUACGCGAGGCAAUGUGGCAUUUUGGAAAGGGGAGCAACAGCUAUUGACACCGGCACUGUGGCGUUGUGCGGAUAGAGUGGAUGUACUGUUUGAAGCGUCAAAAAGUAACCACGACGAAGCCGUGGUGUCGCGUGUGAAGACGUGUCCGGGGCUGGCGGCGUUUGACUGGGAGUGGGAUGGCACCGGUGAGGUACCGAAGGGUAUGGUUGGAGUCGGCGGGUUCGAAGUGUUGCUGGAAUUGAUGUGCUGUUUUCCGCAACUCGAUGCGAUGGCACCGAUUACCGCGUACCCUUCUGGUCAGGUGUGGAAGGUUUGGACGUGUGCUCAAUCCUCGUCGGCGCUACGCGACCUCGUGGCUGGCCAAGGUUUGAAGCCGGAGGAGUAUGCGCCGCAUUCCGGGAGGAUAGGUGGCGCGACUCGGUUAGGGGCGAUGGGGUUGUCGUCGUGGGCUAUUCAACAGCAAGGGCGGUGGAAAUCAAGCGCGUUUCAAUCGUAUUUGCGGGCCAAUUUGGAUGACGUUCAGAAGGCGUCUUUCGCGCUGGCAUCCGACGCUGCUGGGAAGGGGAUUCAGCCAGGGCAAAAAACGCGGUGGCAGGGAGGUCGGCUGGGUGCGAGGUAGUGUUCCGGGAAUGGAUUAAUCUCUGUUCUGUCUGUCUCGUGUUUAUUAUGGUUUUGUUUGGGUCGGGAGGUCGUACGCCUUGUCGUGUCAGAGGUACGAUUAAGCGAUAUUUUUUCAGGUUGGAUGGGAAGGUGGGGGAGGGGGGAGAAGGGAUCUAUUUGAGAGUGGG